GGCCCAGGGUCAUUGUUGGAGGCGUAAAUGUUGCUAUGACUACUGAAACCUCGGUUACUGAACUAAACAGAAAGAAGAGCCUGUCAAGUCUCCUCAGACUAUAUCAAGCAAAUCUAUAAACAUGUCUGUGGAAAAGAUGACAAAAGUAGAAGAGAGUUUUCAAAGGGUCAUGGGACUUAAGAAGAUGGUCGACAGGUGGCGAAAUGCACAUACUGACUGUCUGUGGCAAAUGACAUUGGCCCAGAGAAGAAACCCAUAUGCCACCCUAAAGAUGCAGGACACCAUGGCACAAGAAUUGGCACUGGCCAAAAAGCAACUACUAAGGGUUCGCCAAGCUGCCCUGCACCAGCUGUUUGAAAAGGAGUAUCAGCAGUACCAGCGGGAAUUAAAUCAGAUAGGCAAAGCUUUUUAUGUAGAGAGAUUGUGAUGGCAUCCGAAACAACGUUCUUCCUUUCUCAAUAUGCCUGCUAACCUAGCCUUCUAGAGCCUCUACCACCUUGAACCUCCCUCCCAAAACAUACCUGGAUCUCGCUAUCUGCCUUGGACUUAAGACAGUGCUCCCACUCUCACUUCACUUUUGUUAAUCCCUUGCUGCUGUUUGGGAAGCAAUCUAUGAAACAACGGUAAAAACAAGAGUGACGCCUUGUGGUCAGAGUGGGAUUUACUGUGUUGACGUAAGAGGGCAGGGGUGAGGAGGGGCGGACAAAGUGAGUUGAGAAUCCUGAUUUUGUAUAACAAAUAAAAUGAGUUCUUAAAGGCUCAAA